AUGAAAGCCUGGGGUGCUGGGGGAGUGUGCCCACCCCUCCCACCUCUGGAAAAGCAGUCUGCACAUCUGUCCACCCAGCCGAGCAGCUCCAGAGGAGGAGGGGCUUACGGUUUCCCCGGCACUUCCGCCGGUAAAGGGACCGGGGUUAGUGGCUGGAGUUCCAAGACAGGGUCCGGGAGGACCCGGGAUCCCUGGUCAGAACCGGGCCGGAAAUCCCGCCUCGCAGGCCCCACCUUCGCCCCCCCACCUCCCUUACCAAGAUGGCGGGCCGCUGGGCCGUACUUCCGCUUCCGGCGCGAGCACCCGAGCUGGGGGGGGAAAAUGGCGGCGGCGGCGGCGGCAGCGGCGGCCGGGGUCCGCGGCCGCUCGGGGCUGCGGCCUGCCCCGGGGCCCCACUGGCUCCUCGGCCUCUCCGUCUUCCUGGGCGUCGCGGCUCGCGGCGCCUCGGCCACCACCCACUGGAUCGUGACGGAGGACGGCAAGAUCCAGCAGCAGGUGGAUUCACCAAUGAACUUGAAGCAUCCCCAUGACUUGGUCAUAUUAAUGAGACAAGAAACAACAGUUAACUACCUCAGAGAACUGGAGAAGCAAUUAGUAGCUCAAAAAAUUCACAUAGAAGAGAAUGAGGACAGAGAUACAGGCCUGGAACAAAGACAUAAUAAAGAAGAUCCAGACUGCAUAAAAGCCAAGGUGCCCCUCGGGGACCUGGACCUCUAUGAUGGCACCUAUAUCACCUUGGAGAGCAAAGAUGUCAGCCCUGAAGACUAUAUAGACACAGAGUCUCCUGUUCCUCCAGAUCUUAAGAAACCAGAUUGUACAAAAAUUCUAGAGCUUCCAUACAGCAUACAUGCUUUUCAGCACUUACGAGGUGUCCAAGAAAGAGUUAAUCUUUCUGCACCUCUAUUGCCGAAAGAAGAUCCAAUCUUCACUUACUUAUCCAGACGAUUAGGAAGGAGUAUAGAAGAUAUAGGUCACCGCAUUCAUGAAGGGCUAAUGAAGAACUCUUCUUCCUGGGUACUGUAUAACCUGGCUUCAUUUUACUGGCGAAUAAAGAACGUGCCCUAUCAGGUAGUGGAAUGUGCAAUGCGAGCACUCCACUUUUCUUCCAGGCACAACAAAGAUGUUGCUUUGGUGAACCUGGCAAACGUUCUACAUAGGGCCCACUUCUCUGCGGAUGCUGCUAUUGUGGUGCAUGCAGCUCUGGAUGAGAGUGACUUCUUUACCAGCUAUUACACUUUGGGGAAUAUCUAUGCAAUGCUUGGGGAAUACAACCACUCUGUGCUCUGCUAUGAUCAUGCUUUGCAGGCCAAACCUGGGUUCGAACAAGCUAUAAAGAGGAAGCAUGCUGUCCUUUGUCAGCAGAAACUUGAGCAGAAGUUGGAGGCUCAACAUAGAUCUCUCCAGCGCACCCUGAACGAGCUCAAGGAGUACCAGAAGCAACACGACCACUACUUGAGGCAGCAAGAAAUCCUGGAGAAGCACAAGCUGAUUCAGGAAGAGCAGAUCCUAAGGAACAUCAUCCAUGAGACACAGAUAGCAAAAGAGGCCCAGUUAGGGAAUCAUCAGAUAUGUCGUCUGGGCAACCAGCAGCAUAGCUUACAUUGCCAGUGGGACCAACCUGUCCGCUACCACCGUGGAGAUAUCUUUGAAAAUGUAGACUAUGUCCAGUUUGGUGAAGAUUCCUCAACUUCCAGUAUGAUGUCUGUGAAUUUAGAUGUCCAUGAAAAUCAGAGUGAUCUCAGCCAUUCCUCAAAGUCUUCCCCUGUGCCCCAUUCGGUUCUCUGGGUUUGGGGCAUGGAAUCAGAUGCAUAUAGGGACAAGCAGCAUAUUCUGUGGCCCAAAAGAACAGACUGUGCAGAGAGUUACCCUGCAGUCCCUCCUGGUGAUGAACUGCCAACAUAUUUCUUACCUCCAGAAAACCGAGGACUCAGGACUCAAACAGAGCUGGAUACGGGCCUUUUGGGAGGAGAGAUCCACUCCCCAGCCUGCACCUCCUCAACUGGCCUUCGAAACAGCCGGACUCCGUAUCUUGACUUCAAAGAACUAGACAGUCAUCUGGAUCUGAAAUUCAAGAUGCCGGAUGACUAUGCUCGACAAAUUUUGCUUUCCCGUAUUAAUAACUAUACUAUGACAGAGGAAGAAAUAGGAACACUCUUAUUUCACGCCAUCAAUAAGCCAAACGAGCCUCUGUGGUUCAUGUUCAAUGAAGCCGGACUCUACUGGCGAGCCCUGGGGAACAGCACCUUUGCUAUCGCCUGCCUGCAGAGGGCUUUGGAGUUGGCUCCCCCACAGCACCAAGACAUUCCUCUUGUGAACCUCGCCAACCUCCUGAUGCACUACGGCCUUCACCAUGAAGCCAGCAAGCUGCUCCUGCAGGCUGUGGCGAUCAACAGCUCAGAGCCCCUGACCUUCCUGAGCCUAGGAAACGCCUAUCUUGCUCUGAAGAACAUCAGCGGGGCGAUUCAGGCCUUCCGGCAGGCUCUCAACGUAACAGCCAGGUGCCUGGAGUGUGAGGGCAGCCUGAAACUGGUCCGAUGCAUGCAGUUUUACCCGUUUCUGUACGCCACCCCCUCGCCUGCGUGCAGUGGUCAUUGUCAUGAGACUAACCAGGACAGUCUCCGUGGCAGAGAGAAAUAUUUUGACAAUCCCGAAGCCCUGGAAGCUGCUGAAGAUGACCCCUCUGGGAGAGGAAGAGAGGAGGACCCCAGGAUCUCCAUUGAGAAUUCAGGGAGAGACUCAGAUCCCCUUAGACUUCAAAGUACAGUGGUCGCCGAAAGCAACGGCUCCGAUGGGUUGGAGAGUCUGAGCGAUGCCCAGAUGUCAGAAGAGAUGUUGGCUCUGGUGGAUGAGUUUGAAAACGCCUGGCCUCUCGAAGCCUUCGAAGGAGCGCUGGAGGUCAAAGGCCGACGAAUGGACUUGCAGGGGAUACGGGUACUGAAGAAGGGCCUCCAAGAUGGCGUCGCCAGCUCUUCCUGCUUUGGCGACUGUGGAGAUGACGACGAUGAUGAGACAGAAUGGAUCACAUUCCAGGUCAAACGUUUAAAGAAACCCAAAGUAGAAAGCUCAGAUACUCAGGAACCUCCUGGGAAAAACAACGAGGAGCAGAUCCAGGCAGAAAAUGAGCGCCAUUUUCAAAAGACUCUGGAAAUCAGUGGCCCCAAGAUACCGGCCCCUGGACCACAAGGAAAAAAGCAUGAUUAUGAAAGCCUGGGCUGGCCAAGCCCUGAUGAGUGUGUGAAGCUCCGGCGGGUGGAACUCACCACUGUGGCCAGCACCUGGCUCGCUGUCUCGGCCAAAAACAUCGACAUCACGGAGCACAUCGACUUUGCUACACAGCUGCAGGAGCCAGCUGUGGAGCCCCUCUGCAAUAGCAACCUUCCAGCCAGCAUGCACACCCUGGACCACCUGCACGGGGUGGCCAACCGAGCCAGCCUGCACUACCCAGGCGAGAGCCAGCUGAAAGAGGUGCUACAGAAUCUUGGCAAAGACAAGUACCCCCAGCAGUCAUUUGAACAAAUUGGCACUCGGAUCGCCAAAGUUUUGGAAAAGAACCAGACCUCCUGGGUCCUCUCCAGCAUGGCAGCCCUAUACUGGAGAGUGAAAGGACAAGGGAAGAAGGCCAUCGACUGUCUGAGGCAGGCCCUCCAUUACGCCCCACAUCACAUGAAAGAUGUGCCCCUGAUAAGCUUGGCCAACAUCUUGCACAAUGCCAGGCUCUGGCAGGAUGCCAUUGUGGUGGCCACCAUGGCUGUAGAGAUCGCACCGCACUUUGUCGUGAAUCAUUUUACCCUUGCCAAUGUCUACGUGGCCAUGGAGGAGUUUGAAAAGGCCAUGAUGUGGUAUGAGUCAACACUAAAGCUGCAGCCCGAAUUUGCACCCGCCAAGAAUCGCAUCCGGACCAUCCAGUGUCAUUUACUUAUGAAAAAAGAGCGACGUUCUCCUUAAUCUUCCUCCUCUCCCUCCUCCUCUCUCUCUGUCUCUCUCUCUCUCUGUCUCUCUCUCUCUCUGUCUCUGUCUCUGUCUCUCUCUCUCUCUCUCUCUCUCUCUCUCUCUCUCUCUCUCUCUCUCCCUCCCUCCCUCUCUCAUGCUCUUCAUUUUUUAAAGAAAGAAACCAAUCAUUGUCCAGUAUCUACUCUUAAUGAGGUGUGUGAUGAUAACCUGGGGGAUCAAGACAGGGGGUUUGGUUUGGUCCUUUUGGUUCCUUUCCCCCUCCCCCUCCCCUCCCCUCCCUGCCUUCCUCUCAGAAAGAAGCAUCUUUGGAAACAGUUGUUCCAAACAGAAACUGUAGCUUAAGAAAACCAUGUAAAUAACUGAGCUGAGAAACUUCCGAAGUUUCCUAAACACCUUUCGGGUUUUCUCAGUGGUCCAACCAGCUCCUACCUUAUGGAGGGCGGUGGGACAGUCCUGACAAUUAUCUGCUUCCUAAUGUUGUAGCAUCUGUUGGUGGAAAUGCAAAAAACCCAUCCCUACACCAGAUAACAAGAAGCCAUGUCCAGCUGUCCAUCCAUUGGAAAUUCAUGCUUUUACCCAGUCUUGUCCAAUUCAUGCUGCUGUGUUACAAGCCCAGAGGUAGUUUUCAGGGGGGG